AUGAAAGCAUUUCGUAUAUUUAAGAUUGGAAUUGAUAUCAUGGUCGAAUUAUUCACAUUAAUUCCAAGUCUUUUGAUUGUUCGACUCUUUCGACGUAUUCGGCCUCGUCGACAAAUUUCACCAUUACGUGAAGCAUUAUAUAAGAUACGGAUUAUAUGUUUGUCGAUAUUCUUUAUAUUGUUUUGUCGAAAUUCAAAUGAUGAAAAAGAAACAAGUGAAUAUAUAAAUGAAGAUGAUGAUUUAAAUUUGUCUGAUGCUGAAGAUUAUCUUCAUUCACUUAAGUAUCAAUCAUUAUUUUCUCCACCCUUAAAAAGUAUUAAUCGUCUUAAUGGAAAUGAAAUUGUUUAUGCUCGUGAUCAACGUUUAAAAGAACUUCAAAUGUGGACAAUUAUUCGACAAUUUUUAAUUCAUUUCAUAUUUGCAAUAUUAGUUUUUCUAAUAACUUAUUCAAAUCGUGAACAAAAUAGUUUUUAUCAAGUUAAUCAUUUACGAUCUUAUUUUCUCAAUCAAAGACAAACUACUGCUGAUUAUACUAAAGUUUUUUUUUUCGACAAUUGCUUUUUCAUAUGUUGAAAUUCUUUCUCCUUCUA